CUCAGAGAAGAAACCAAGGAAAUCAAGUUCUGAAGCAAAGAUCAUGGGAAGCCAAGAUGUGAAGCUGGUGAGCUUUUGGGUGAGUCCAUUUGCCAUAAGGGUUGAGUGGGCCUUGAAACUCAAGGGUAUUGAGUAUGAGUAUAUAGAAGAAGAUAUCUUCAACAAGAGCAAUCUUCUUAUGGAGUUGAACCCGGUUCAUAAGAAGGUUCCGGUUCUUGUUCAUGAUCAGAAACCGAUAGCUGAAUCAUUCAUCAUCCUCGAAUACAUUGAUGAAAUAUGGAAGCAAUAUCCAUUGUUACCUCACCAUCCUUAUCAAAGAGCUAUUGCUCGCUUUUGGGCUAUUUCUGUUGAACAAAAGCUUUUGGGUGCAGCAUGGGUUGCAACGUGUACCAGUGGGGAUGAACAGGAGAAGGCUCUGAAUGUAGCCAGAGAAGCAAUGGAGAAGAUAGAAGGAGAGAUUAAGGGUAAGAAAUUCUUUGGAGGGGACAAUAUUGGGUACCUUGACAUUGCACUUGGAUGGAUCUCUUACUGGCUUCCGGUUUGGGAGGAAGUUGGAUCUAUGCACAUAAUAGACCCUUUGAAAUAUUCAGCCACUACUACAUGGAUGACCAAUUUUCUCAGCCACCCUGUGAUCAAGGACAGCUUGCCCCCAAGAAACAAGAUGCUUGUUUACUACAACAAUCUCAGAAACAAAUGGUCUUCUACCCAUCAUGAUUUGCUCAAGGACUGAGCACGAUGGUGAGAGUUAAGAAUAUAUUGUGAUGAACAAGACUACGUAUGAAGUAAGAGCUCAUGAUGGUGUGACAUUAAGAUGGGAGCUAUAUAUAUAUAUAU